AUGACUCCCAGCUACUACCACACCAAGUCAGCCAUGCCACUGCAGCCCUUCUCCUUCCCCGUCCCAGAAACCCGUUUUUUAAAGGCCGGUAGUUUCAUCUACAAAUUCAAGAUUAGAGGAGGAAUCAUCUGCAGUGGAGAGGAAGUUUUGAAAGGAAAAUGCUUCAAUCAAGAGAUGGAGGACAUUAUCAGAACAGUUCUUGGUAAUCUGGACCACCUGGAGCCCUUUUCCACCACUCACUACGUUGUUUUUCCUUACAAGAAGUGCUGGAGAAAAGUGCACAAACACAGAGUGAAGAGGCCGAGACUCUACCCAUUCGUUAUCAUCCUCUACGUGGAGAAGAACACGCACAAAGGGAAGCAUCCAGAGGAGGAGGGAAUGCCACCCAUCUCCAGAGUUUCUGAUGAGCCUCGACCAAAGCGCCGUUGCAGAGACUCGCCACUAGAGGAGGCCGUCUUAAAGGAGUUAACCGACUGUAUGGAAGGUGAAAACAACAGACAUGUAACCAGCAAAGUGGAUUUGGACUAUGAGUGCACAGAGGAAGAGGUCAAUGAAGAUCCAACGCUUGUUGAUGAGCCUGAGGUGAUACGUAAGGAACCUGAGGGGGAAAGGACGCCUACGAGGCCGGGGAUUCUCACGCGACUGGCCAGGUUAGUGUGA